AUGACGAUUGACCCGAUCAUUGAGGCAGCCUUUGGCCCAGCACCAGCCAAUGUCGAUCUUACGGAAAGUCUAGUCUUGACCAACGAUGUAGUUGCUAUUAUUCUUCUAGUCGUAGCUGCGUUGGCUGUAUUCCUGCGCCUUUUGGUGAGAAGGCUUUCAAGAGCCGGCCUGGGCUGGGAUGACUGGGCCAUUAUCGUCGCGCUGAUAUUCAACGUCGGCGCUGUCGGGAUGGUCGCUGCUACGGGGGCAUAUGGCUCAGGGAAACACAUAUGGGCAGUCACAUCGACAGAGUUGGUAAUGGCAGCCAAGAUUCUCUUUUUCUACACUUUCGUCCUCGGAUUCUGCCUGUCAUUCAAUAAGCUGUCAAUUUUGCUGCUAUAUCGACGCAUCUUCGACAGCCAAGUGGACAAGAACGAUGUCUUCUUCGGCAUCAGCCUCUGGACUGCCGCAGUCUUCACCGUCACGAUCCCUUUUGUUCUUAUCAUUGUCAUGGUUUGCGCCUGUCAGCCCACCUCACAUUACUGGAACCAAUUCGGAGGAGCAAGUGGGACUUGCACGGUGGAAACGGGCACGUUCUUCUGGACCUACGGUUCCAUCAACGCUUUCAUGGACUUUUUGAUAUUGAUCACACCCAUCCCCUCUAUCUUGCGGUUGCAAAUGUCGAAAAAGAAAAGAGUCGCUGUCUGUGGCAUGAUGUUGCUUGGUAGCUUUGUCUUCAUUGUCAGCAUAAUACGGGCUGUCAAAAUGUACAAGUUUGCCCAUUCCAUCGACAUGACGUGGCUCAUGGGCGAGAUAUGCGUCUGGUCAUCUAUUGAACCCUCUGUCGGAAUCGUCUCUGCAUGCCUUCCUAAUCUCCGACCCAUUUUUGGCAAGCUUCGAGGCGCCGUGUCGAGCAAAUCCAGCCGUAACACGUACAUUGCCAACAACUCGAUGGGCAGCCGGGGGAACUGGAGUCAGAAGCCGGGAAGCACCGUCGCAAAGAAUCAUGGCUCUGUGUACAAGCGGGAGGAUGAAGUUCAACUGACCAAUCUUGCUGAUUCAUCAAACGAGGAUGUGAAUCAACAAUCCAUCAGGGAGCAUUGCUGA